AUGGGAGAAGUAGAGGAAGAAGUUAAUGAGUGGACGAGAGGGUUCGGAAAGGACUCCGUAGACGAGCUUCUUGUUAACGAGCCACCUCUCUUCUUUCUGCCUGAAGAACAAGCAAAUGAAGAUGCCAUUACAAACAAGUUACUUUCAUCAACACUUUACUCCGGUCCAACAAUCCAAGACAUCUCAAACGCUCUAACACGAACCCUCCCAGUCCGAGAAAUCCCCAUAUCAACGGUCCCAACAUCGGAAAGGAGUACUUUGAGCAAGGUGGAUAGAUACACAUUAAAGGUGAAGAACAAUUGUAAUGGAAUGAGUGAUGAUGGAUACAAAUGGAGAAAAUAUGGUCAAAAAUCAAUCAAAAAUAGUCCUAACCCAAGGAGUUAUUACAAGUGCACGAACCCAAUAUGCAAUGCAAAGAAGCAAGUGGAGAAAUCAACUGAUGAGCCUAACACAUAUAUCAUCACAUACGAGGGUUUCCACUUACACUUCACAUACCCUUUCUUCCUACCCAAUAUGGCGCAUAGGCCUAGUAAAAAACCCAAAAUACAAAGGUCCGAUAAAGCUCAUUUCAAAUCCAACCAAAAAUCGCAAACCCAAGAAGAAAGCAAACUAUCCCAACUAGCCAAACCCGCUCACCAAAAUCAUCCGGCUCAUAAAGACCAAGAAAGCACACCAGGAAACCUCGAAGAUGAAUUGUUUUUCACAGUUGAUCAUUGCCAACGGCGACAAGGGCUUCUAGAAGAUGUGGUGGCUCCGGCAAUGAAAAAUAUUCCGACCAAAUCUUGUUCUUCAUUAUCGUCUUAUACUUACUCAUCGUGCUCUACUUCACCAACCCCCCUUUCUCCGUCUUCUUUCUAUUGGUCUCCCCAUUUUAGCAACGGAUUUACUGAUAAAAUGUCAUUUAAUCGAAACUUAUAA